AAGCCAGAGUCCGACGCGAGCCAAUGGGGGCGGGGGGUGGGGCUCGGUUGUGUUAGAAGGGGCCCCGGGGAUUGUCGCCGCUACCCCGGCGUCGGACGUGUCGGACAGCUGCCUGAGUCCUCGGGUGCAGUGUUCGCUGCCACCAUGAGCUACACAGGCUUUGUCCAGGGAUCUGAAACCACUUUGCAGUCGACCUACUCAGACACGAGCGCUCAGCCCACCUGUGAUUAUGGAUAUGGAACUUGGAACUCUGGGACUAACAGAGGCUACGAGAACUAUGGUUAUGGCUAUGGCUAUGGCCAGGAUAACACCACCAACUAUGGGUAUGGUAUGGCCACUUCAAACUCUUGGGAAAUGCCUAGCUCUGACACAAAUGCAAACCCUAGUGCUGCGAGUAGCGCCAGUGCCGAUUCCGUUUUGUCCAGAAUUAACCAGCGCUUAGAUAUGGUGCCACACUUGGAGACAGACAUGAUACAAGGAGGCAUGUACGGCUCAGGUGGAGAAAGAUAUGAUUCCUAUGAGGCCUGUGACUCGAGGGCCAUUCUGAGCGAGCGCGACCUAUACCGGUCAGGCUACGACUAUGGCGAACUUGACCCCGAGAUGGAAAUGGCCUACGAGGGCCAGUACGAUGCCUACCGUGACCAGUUCCGCAUGCGUGGCGGCGACACCUUUGGCCCACGGGCUCAGGGCUGGGCCCGGGACUCCAGGAGUGGCCGGCCGAUGGCCUCGGGCUAUGGGCGCAUGUGGGAAGACCCCAUGGGGGCCCGGGGCCAGUGCAUGCCUGGUGCCUCCCGGCUGCCCUCCCUCUUCUCUCAGAACAUCAUCCCUGAGUACAGCAUGUUCCAGGGCAUGCGAGGCGGGGGCACCUUCCCAGGUGGCUCCCGCUUUGGCUUCGGGUUUGGCAAUGGCAUGAAGCAGAUGAGGCGGACCUGGAAGACCUGGACCACAGCCGACUUCCGGACCAAGAAGAAGAAGAGAAAGCAGUGCGGCAGUCCUGAUGAACCAGACAGUAAAGCCACCCGGACGGACUGCUCAGAUAAUAGUGAUUCAGACAAUGAUGAGGGCACCGAGGGGGAAGCUGCAGAGGGCACUGAAGGCACUGAGGCUGUGGAGAAGGGCUCCAGAGCAGAAGGAGAAGACGAAGAGGGAAAAGAAGAAGGCAAAGAAGACGGCAAAGAGGAUGCAGAAAAGGGGGCCCUGAGCAUCCAGGAUGAUAGUGGCCAGAUCAAGCGCAAGUUGCAGGCAGGCAAGAAGAGCCAGGACAAGCAGAAAAAGCGGCAGAGAGACCGCAUGGUAGAAAGGAUCCAGUUUGUGUGUUCUCUCUGCAAAUACCGGACCUUCUAUGAGGAGGAGAUGACCAGCCACCUCGAUAGCAAGUUCCAUAAGGAGCACUUUAAAUAUGUAGGCACCAAGCUCCCCAGGCAGACGGCUGACUUUCUGCAGGAAUAUGUCGCCAAUAAGACCAAGAAGACAGAGGAACUCCGGAAAACCGUGGAGGACCUUGAUGGUCUGAUCCAGCAGAUCUACAGAGACCAGGAUCUUACCCAAGAAAUUGCCAUGGAGCAUUUUGUGAAGAAGGUAGAGGCAGCCCACUGUGCAGCCUGUGACCUCUUCAUUCCCAUGCAGUUUGGGAUCAUCCAGAAGCACCUCAAGACCAUGGAUCACAACCGGAACCGCAGGCUCAUGAUGGAGCAGUCCAAGAAGUCCUCGCUCAUGGUGGCCCGCAGCAUCCUCAACAACAAAAUCAUCAGCAAGAAGCUGGAGCGCUAUCUGAAGGGUGAGAACCCGUUCACCGAUAGCCCCGAGGAAGAGAAGGAACAGGAGGAGGCCGAGGGCGGCCCCCUGGACGAGGGCGCGCUGGUCGAAGCGGCAGGGGGCGCGGAGGGUGUAGAGGGCGCGCCGGCGCAGCCCCCCGUGCCCCCGGAGCCGGCCCCCGGGGCCGCGUCUCCGCCACCGCCACCGCCCCCCGAGGAGGAGGAGGAGGAGGCCGUGCCCCUGCUGGGCGGGGCGCUUCAGCGCCAGAUCCGCGGUAUCCCGGGCCUCGACGUGGAGGCCGACGACGACGAGGAGGAGGGUGGCGGGGGCGCACCGUAACCCGGGCCCCGGGCGGGCAGGACCCGCGUGCCCAAGGCUGGAAGCUGAGCCUAAUAAAGCUCUUCCCGUCCCAUC